CUGCGCAUGCGCACAUGUACGCUACGUCAGCGGAGAAUCUACGUGGCUUUAAUCUAAACUCCACAAAGUGUAGCUGGAACACCGCUUUAUCCCCUGCAUUUACUCCUACAGCUUGAAGCCAACAUGGAUCAGGUCAUGCAGUUUGUCGAACCUGGCCGCCAGUUUGUCAAGGACUCCAUCAGGCUUGUGAAAAGAUGCACAAAACCAGACAGAAAAGAAUUUCAGAAGAUUGCAAUGGCGACAGCAAUUGGGUUCGCCAUCAUGGGCUUUAUCGGAUUCUUUGUCAAACUCAUCCACAUCCCCAUCAACAACAUUAUUGUUGGUGGUUGAACAACCUUUUUUGAACUUCAUUGGACAUUCGAAUCAUGGAGCAGCAGUGGAUAAUGGAUUAGGACUGUUUUUUUUUUUUUUUAAAUAAAUCAAAAAGGGGAAAAA